AUGUCAGAACCUGAUUGGGAUGAGCUGUUGUUGACCAGUCAGAAUGAUGACGCGAUGGAUGAUGUAAUCAUCUUCAAUAUCCAACAGGUUGGGUCGGCUCAAAUGGCAGAGAUAGUAAUAUCAGUUAUUGCCAAAGUUGCUGAAUAUUUAGUAGAUCCAGUGAAACGUCGUCAAGAAGCAAUGAUUAAAGCUGAAAGAAUUGAUAAUGCGGUUAGGAAUUUGUUAGAUGGAGUGAAAAUGCAUAUGGAUGAGGUGCAAAAAUUGGAACAACAAAUGAAAGAAAACAACAAUUGCUUUCAAGGGAGGUGUCCAGAUUAUUGGAAGAGUUAUUGUUCGGGAAAAAUGAUGGCAAAAAAGAUAGAAAACACUAAACAACUUGUUCAAAGCAAUAAUUUUGAUCCCUUUUUUGUCAUUGGGGAAAUUCCAGAUAUGGAGUAUUUCUCUUUUGGUAAUUUGGUGUAUUUCCAGUCUACAAAGUUGGCUUCAAAUGAACUUUUGGGAGCUAUCCAAGAUGGUUGUGCCCACAUGAUUGGAUUGUAUGGAAUGGGAAGCUGUGGUAAAACAACCUUGAUUAAAGAAGUUGAUAAAAGGGUCAAGAAAUCAAAACUCUUUGAGCGAGCCAUACUUACAACUGUCUCCCAUAAUCUAGAUUAUAAAAGGAUUCAAGAUGAAAUUGCAGACACAUUAGAUUUGGAAUUGAAAGAAUAG